GUUUCCAUUCGCUACCAACCCACACAAAGCCCCAACCAUGCCACCACGGCCACGCGCUCCAAGCUCCGGCGCCAACUCCAUCGCCGCUGAGAUGGGCGCCCAGGGAAUCCCUGCCCGGGGCGGCUCCCCUUCCCCUCCCGUCACCACCAAGCACGAUGCGUCUGGCGCCGGCGAAGCCCAAAGCUGCCCCGUCCGCUCCCCGGCCCCGGAAGGAAGCGACCGCCCGGUGGAGGAGAAGAACUCCCCCGAGGAAAUCCCUUGGUACGAUAAAUUGGAGGACAUAGAUGAGGAGUACCGCAAGUACUUGAGUUGCGUGCGCUUUGUGAAUGGCCACCAGAUAGUGGUCGUGCCGGAAGGCGGGCUGGAUGCGGUGCCGGCUCGAGUUCGUAACAAGUCUAAUGGGUCAGGGAAGAAGGAUGGGGAGGAAGCGGCUGCUCAUGCUGCUUCGGGGGAGAAGGGCAGCAGUGUUGGGAGCAAGGGCAAGCGGAAGGGGAAGGGGAAGUUGGCGUCGAUCACCACGGGUGGGAAGUCUCGUGUGCGCGAUCCCGACCCUGCGCAUCGGCAAAAGGUGUUGGUGAUGAACCGCAAGGUUACACAAUACGGGGAGGACGAGGUGCCGGUUCCAGUUGGUGACAAGUCUGAUGGGGCAGGGAAGACGGAUGGGGUGGAAGCGGCUUCCCGUGCUACUUCAAAGAAGGACGGCUGCGGCGUUGGGAAGAAGAAGGGAAAGGGGAAGGUGGCGGCUAUCACCACGGGUGGGCCUGCGCUGAAGUCUCGUGUGGGCGAUUCCAUUGUGCAUCCGCAAAAGGGUCAGAAAGAGAAGAAUAAUGAACGGAAAAAUGGUGCUAAGAAGAUGAAGGUGGCGGCGGAACUGCAUCUGGAAACACUCAACAAUGCUUCGAAGGGGAAGGGGAAGGUGGCGGCGAUCACCAUAGGUAGACCUGCGCUGAUGCCUGGUGUGCGCGAUUCCACUAUGCAUCACUCAGUGGUGGAGGAAGAAGGGAAGCCGUCGAAGGAGCUGCCUGUGGAAACACUGAAUACUGUGAAGAGGAAAAGGCAAUCAACUUAUGUCCAAAAUGCCGAGUCUCGCACUACUUCGGGGAAGGAGAAGGUGGUGGCGAUCACCACGUGUGAGCCUGCGCUGAAAUCUCGUGUGCGCGAUUCCACUACGCAUCCGCAAAAGGUUCAGAAGGAGAAGAAUGGACGCAAAAAUGGUUCUAAGAAGAUGAAGUUGGUGGAGGAAGAAGGGAAGCCGUCGAAGGAGCUGCCUGUGGAAACACUGAAUAUUGUGAAGAGGAAAAGGAAAUCAAGUAAUGUACAAAAUGCCGAGUCUCGUACUGCUUCGGAAUUACAUGGUGUUGUAUGGCCAACCCAUAUCAUGGAGAGGCCAGAUUCUGAAUUCAAGGAAAAGUUGAUGCGUCUUCUCCGCAAACCAUUUAGCCAGGGAGAAUGUGAUACGCUGCUUGACAAGGCUACGACUCGCCCUCCGGCAACAAUGAAAAGGCAAACACGCGGUGGCGUGAAGUACUACAACUCUGAACAUGAAAGGCAACCAUCAUAUUUUGAUGGUCACCCAGAUCUUGCGAAACAAGUACGUGUAGAAAGCGCCAGCAAACCCAACCAGUUAGCUCUGUUGCGUGGAUUUUUCUUCUGGAUGGAGAAUAUUGCGCAUCACGACCAAUUCAGGCCAUGGAGAGAUGAUUUCAAACAGUACAAAGUUACUAUGGUAGAAAUAGAAUGAGAUCACAAACAGAAUUACAGAAGAGUUUUGUGCUUUCUCGAUUGAGGUGGCAAAGCCCCAGUUUCUCCUUGUUUUACUAGUUUGGUCUCCAGUGUGCAUCUUACACUGGUUGCUAUUGUUAUUUUGUCUCCAAAAACGUAGAGCUGAUGCUACCAGAAACUAGUAGUAUAUCACUCCCCAAAAUCAAUUAUCUUCAGACAGGGGUAUACCAUAGUUUGCUCAGCUUUUUCUUUCAAACAGAAGGUUUAUGCGGUCAUAACGUUGGAGAGCAAGUGUGUACAAAUCAGCCUUUGGAUGGGAAAACAACUCUCUAGCGGAGUUAUAUACAUCAUUUUCUUUGAGUGAA